CACACCUGAACCGGAAAUUCUUGUAUUCCGUUUCUGAGUGUUGAAAACAGCAGCAGAGCGUUGUGCUGCGAUUCCUCCACAAUGUCCGCGAAGCUAAACGCUUUGACUAGCGAUUCAUACAUCGAGGUCAGUCAGUACAGAGACCAGCACUUUAAGGGGAAUCGCUAUGAACAGGAGAAGUUGCUGAAGCAGAGCAAUACUCUAUAUGUGGGGAAUCUCUCCUUCUACACCACCGAGGAGCAGGUGCAUGAACUGUUUUCUAAAUGUGGCGACGUGAAGCGCAUCAUCAUAGGUCUGGAUAAGAUCAAGAAGACGGCUUGUGGAUUCUGUUUUGUAGAAUAUUACACACGGGGAGACGCGGAGAACGCCAUGCGCUUCGUUAACGGCACACGACUGGACGAUCGCAUCAUCAGGACGGACUGGGACGCCGGCUUCAAGGAGGGCAGGCAGUACGGCCGCGGGAAAUCUGGAGGACAAGUGAGGGAUGAGUACAGGCAGGACUACGACCCGGCCAGAGGCGGCUACGGUAAGCUAGCUCAGCAGCAUCGGAGCACAGAGAGACCGAACUCUUUUUAGACGGAGUCGGUGCCAUCCCGUCCCGGACGGAUUCAUUUCCCAGCAACAUCUGGAAAGACGCUAAAAGAAGGAGAAGAAGAACUUUACAGGUGGAACUUGGAGCUAAAGAUGUGAAGGAAACUUUCUUUGGCUAAAACACAUCUUUGUCCAACGUAAACAAUUUCAGGAUGAGUGUUUUUUUCUUUUUAAAUUAUUAUUUUUUUUUUUAUUAAAGUUGAAAAGUCCAAUAAAAAAAUUAUAAAGUUAUCAGAUUAACUCUCCCUGUCUAGAAAGCAUCGUUUGCUCUGAGUUUCUUUACCUAAAUGAAAAUUUGUCAAACUGAUUACCAUUUAUUUUAAUAAAGGUGUUUUUUAAAUAAA